AUGUCCGACGUCCAGGAGCGCCUCAAGAAGCUUGGCCAGGCCGGCCGAAUUGGUACUGGAAAGGGAACCCCCCGAAGACCGGUCAAGCGUGCGCCUGCUCGUUCCAACAACGAUGACAAGAAGCUCCAGGCCAACCUGAAGAAGCUCAACACCCAGCCCAUCCAGGCCAUCGAGGAGGUCAACAUGUUCAAGUCUGACGGCAACGUCAUCCACUUCGCCGCUCCCAAGGUCCACGCCGCCGUCCAGUCCAACACCUUCGCCAUCUACGGCAACGGUGAGGACAAGGAGCUCACUGAGCUUGUCCCCGGCAUCCUGAACCAGCUCGGCCCCGACUCCCUGGCCUCUCUCCGCAAGCUCGCCGAGAGCUACCAGAACAUGCAGAAGGCUGAGAAGGGCGAGGAUGACGACGAGAUCCCCGACCUGGUCGAGGGCGAGAACUUCGAGAGCAAGGUCGAGUAA